ACUCGGUUAUCUCUCGCGCGAAAGAUAAAGCCCUGGUACUUAGGAAUAAAAUAAAAAAGCGCGCGUAGUCAGUACCCAUUGUAACGCGGCCGGUUCACCUACUCUUCUCAGACUCCCGUGUCGCUUGCAAUAAUCACCGUGUGUGCCAAGAUGGAAAUGAAUCACCCGGCCCAGCAGAUGUACCCGUCUGGCGAGGAGAUGAACCACCCGCCACAACCGAGUUACCAUCAACCCGGCCAAGAGAUGAACCAACCACCCCAGCAGAUGUACCCACCCGGCCAAGAGAUGAACCAUCCACCCCAGCAAAUGGACCCGGGUAAUCAUCACCCGUACCAGCCUGGACCUCAACAGAUGUAUCCUCCCGGGCCCCAGCAGAUGUAUUCGCCUGGACCCCAAGAAAUAGGGAAAAGAGCGAUGAUUUGUCAAAUACACGUUAGUUAAUUUUAUACCACGAUAACUGCAUACUUUUAUUUUAACUAUACGCACCACGUGCCCGCCUAUCCACAUUCCUAAUUGUUCCGCCUCGUUUUGGACGAUCGGCCCGGGUGCCGAUGUACUUUUAUAGUGUGUUAACAUUAAAAAAUUAUUGUAUGGAAUAUGUGUAAUCUUUUAUAUAAACAUGUUAUCGGCACCUUGUAAAAAAUCCUUAUCUUUUCCAAGAUAAGUAUCACUCGAAUGACAUUGUAAUGAGUAAUCGGGAGAAAAAUAUACAUGUCGUUUUUGUUUUUUUUCUAUACCUGACAGGUAGAAAGGAACCAUCAACGACAGUAGGUCGCGAGCGUCGGUCAAUGCAAGUUAAAAUCGGCAAAUGGCCACAUCGCAGACAAGUGUAUAUUUACACACACGGAAAAAAUAAUUCAACCGGAAUUUUUCCACGUGGACGGACGCAUAUCUUAGUGCCGAACAGUUGGGCCUAAAAUGAGUGGGGAACGUUAUUGCACUUCAUGAAGCGACACUUUCACCUAGAAAGAGAGCGCUGCCGGUUUUCCCUUCGGCUUUACGGCUGAAAAGUUCUCCCCUUGGAAAAGUCCGAGCUGUGGCGUUUCCCACUAAUAGUGCCAUUUUCAAGGUAGACUACAGUCGUUACACCCCAGUGCUUAUAUAUACCGUUUUUGGUUUUGACUAUAGUGCAGUAUCGAAUUAUUGGAGCUCAGGAGCACUUACCUCGGUCGAAAUUAUAUCAGUUACACUCCACCAGCUCGAAGGCUUUAGACCACCAGUGGUCCGAACAAACACACCAGCUCUCGUCGGUCGCAAUUGUCUUCCGUGUGCGUGCAUACAUCGCAAGAACAAGAGUUAUUGGUCACGUACUUUUUUUCAAGUUAUCAAGUUCAUCCCGAUCUUUACGAAACAUAUCCAAGUAAAGACAAGCGAGAAUUGGUGACUUUUUUGCAAGGUGGUGCAACUAUCGUGAAGUGGGUGUAUAUGUAUAUAUAUAUAUGUGCAUGUGCCUUACACAUACAGCUGAACCUUUUUUUUUCUCGGCUCUCAUUAUUCUUCAACUCGUAAUAUCCUACAACUCGACAAAAGGGAGAGUCAAGU